UUAGUGCUGCUGGCAGAAUACUAGCCAAGCUGAAGAACAACAACACUAAAGAGACUCGUAGAUCAGAAUAACUGAAAUAGAAAGUAUGGAUUCCACUCCGACUAUCGGGGAGUUGUUCCGUACGCUGUGUGAGAUGGGCUUCACCGAGGAGCAGAUCCAGUCGGCCGUGCAGGCAGGGCACUUCUCUGUUCCCCAUGCAGCAGAGUGGCUCUUACAGGGCGAAAAUCUCAGACACAAACUGGUCAAAAAUCCCCCCCAGCCAGUUGGCUCUGCAUUCGCUGCAUUCAACCCUCCCAAAGAUGCCCCUUGCCUCUCAAGCACGUCACAGACAUCGCCCACGGGCAGUAGAGCCCCUUGCUUAGUCCUGGGAUGCCCACAGCCCUCCAGCCCACCCACAGCACCACCACCGCUGGAGUCUCGUAUCAGGCAAGACAAGAGUGAUUUUCAGGAGCAGCAAAGGCUCCGUGUGGCCAACGAGGCCAGGAACGAAAGGAAGCAGAAGAUUCAGGAGCGAGAGCUGGUGCUGAAGCGUAUUGCUGAGGACCGGAAGAGCUUACAGGAGAAGAAGACCCAGCCGAGCACCCCCUCCGAGACAACGUCCCCCCCUGGCAACAGUCAAGGCCAGAGACUAGGGGGUACGGUCCAGACUAACGUGGACAACAACUGCAUCCUCAUGAUCCGGCUGCCCUCUGGGGAGUCCAUGCGGGAGCGCUUCCCGGCCGACGCUCCACUGCGCAGCGUGAUAGAGCACAUCUCCGGGCGCCACCCCUCUCUGGCCUCCUUUUCCCUCCUCCAGGGCUUCCCACGGAAGCGCUUUGGAGAGGCAGAGCUGGCCUGCUCCCUGCGUUCUCUCGGCCUCACGCCCAAUGCCGCCCUCUGUAUCCAGACCACUCCCCCUGAGACCCCCCAGGACUCACCCAGCCCAACUGCACACGUCCUGACGGGCAUUGUGGAGGUGGCUUCACCGGCUGCGCCGCCGCCCGCUACACCUCCGCAGCCAGAGAUCCUGGAGGAGGAGGAAGGGGGGGAUUCUCCUGUUCUUCCCCCACCUCUGCCCCACCAGCUCUGGGAAGAGGCAGUGGGCUACGCUGGCCUCCCCGGGGUCGGCCCCCCAAUGACCAGGCCGUCUCACUCUUGGGGGCGGGGCCGGAAGCUAAUUCCUGGUGACGAAGAAGAGCCUGCCAGCUCAGAUGACGAAGAGAUGCCAGAGGAUGAGAUGGAGCUGCCCUUCCUCCAGAAUGCAGGUAUGCCCCGGUUACCAUUCUUCCCAGAGAACCGGCGUGGAGGGCCAGAGCCCAGGCACCAGUGGCCAGACCGGGGCAACAGGCUCCGGGAGGAUGCGGCAGAAGACCAGGUUCUAGGGCCAGAAGAGGCGGCAGGUCGCGUUGUGCCGGGGGCAGCCGCCCAGGCUGCAGUGGAGCGCCUCCAGAGAGCCGCCCAGAACGACCAACAGGCCGCGCAGGGCCACCCGUCCCCCCCGAAGAAACCCUUCAGGACACCCAGCGUGCCCUCCCUCUGUGUCAUGGCCACCCGGGCCACCGUCAACCUCAUGACAGCUCCCAGCAUGCAGUACAGCAGCAGCCUGUCCUGUCUGACUCCCGAGUUGGCUGAGCUCCUGCUCAGUCACAUGUCCCGCGAGAGGCUCCUUCGUCCGCGCACCCUGGAGCUCUUCUUCGGCUGCCCAAUGCAGAAGUUUAUCCUCAACUGCUACCCGUACUCCACCAACGAGCUGCUGCGGCAGCUCCGGGCGUUCACAGCACUGAAGCACCUUAGCCUGGUCAACUCUCCUCUCAUCACAGAUGCAGGCCUCUCUGUGCUCUCCAGCCUGCAAAAACUGCAACACCUGAACCUGGCCUCAUGUAGCAAGCUAACGGACUCGUGUCUGCAACACAUCACAGGCUUGAAGAGCUUGUCUUUUCUCUCCCUGGACCAGACCAAAGUAAGCGACGUGGGGAUGGUGCUGUACCUGCAGUCCGCACCCUCAUCUCUCACCCAGCUCAGCCUGAACCACACCUCUGUCACAGAGGCCACCCUGGCAGUGCUUCCUGUCUGUGUGCAACAGCUACGACUGCUUAGCAUCAAACACACUAAGGUGGUGGAUGUGUCAGCCCUGGCCCAGCUGCCUGUCCUACAGACCCUCUACCUGGACGGGACAGGGAUUAGCGAGGGCUCUCUGGAGCAUCUGGCCACCCACUCAUCCCUCUCUGCCUUAAGCUUGGCUGGAAUCGCUGUCGUAGACGGCAACCACGCCCUACAGAUCAUCUCUGGUCUCAAACUGACCCACCUGACCCUGCCUGGACGCCACUCGGUGACCAACGCUGGCAUGGCCUUCCUCUCCAGACUGUCCCUGCUGUCAGAGCUGGACCUGACCGACUACACUAACGUCACUGACCACGGAGUCACCCAGCUGGCCACCAUGACCAGGUUGAAGAAGCUGUCCCUCAGUAACACCCAGGUGACGGACGUAGCACUGCCCUCCCUGUGCAGUCUUCAGGAGCUGCUGGAGCUGUGUCUGGACCGCACGGCCAUCACCAGCCGAGGGGUAGCUGCCCUCGUCACUUGUCUGCCGCACCUUCAGGUCUUAGGCCUGGCCAGUACUCAGGUGGGCGACACAGUGGUGAGGAGAGGUCUGGUCCAUUGUGCUCAGCUGGUUAAGCUCAAUCUUAGCCGAACACGCAUCACCGACCACGGACUAAAGCCUUUGAGGCGCAUGCGUCUAAACCAGUUAAACCUGGACGGUUCUGGCGUGACCCACAUGGGCAUUGCCAACCUCAUUGCUUCCUGUCCCAACAUCACCAGUAUCCGGGCAAGCCACACACGGGUCAUCCCCCCCGAACAGGUCUCUGAUGAUGAUGACGACAAUCGGCAGUGAUCUUCCAGUACCUUUCUGUGGACGCUCGGGGUCAGCUAGCGCAGCUCUCUGCGGUCUCAGCCUCUCCCCUGCUGGUGCGAGAGACUUGGCGAAGUCUGGCCGAAGAGAGAACGCAGCUCUUAACUGCACUGCUUCAACAGUGGCUAGUGGCACUAAUCAAUCACAAGUCAACCAUCGCUGUUGAAAUCUUAGGAGGUGGCCUUUUGGAAAACGAGAGCCUGUGAAGGUCUAGACGGGAUUCCCGUUCUUUGUAUUUAACUUAAACUCUCGUUAAUGUUAUCACCUUGAUAAGUAUCUCACAUGAUUGUGCUGUGUACAUCCAGGGGUAGGUUGAACUUGUCCUUUAAUGCUGAUCAUAGGUCAGGUUAGCAUUUUUCCUCAAAACAUUUAUUCUACUAAGGAAUUGGGAAGGCUGACUCUACAUCUCUACAUUCAAGAAACUUUACCCCAGAGUGUAGAACCCCAAAGGUAUAGGUUGCAUGGUAACCUGUCUGAAAAAGGUGAAGUAGCCAUUUGGGAAUAGUCCAGGGAUAUUACUUACACGCAAUGUCACAGCAUGUAUUUAACACAAUGUCCAAGAUAGUUCUGCUUGAAUUCUCAAAUAUUUAAUGCUACAGAGAUUCACAUACUUGCAUAAUCUGACACUGACAAUUUUCCAUGUUGAACAGUUAACUCCAGUUUUACUUAUUUCAUGGAUUGUCAAGAAAUUUAAAUGUCAGCUGGUACAAGCUUAUGCAGGUUUAACAAACAGUUGGGAAACUUUUGGUGAACCAGCUACUGAAAAGCUUAGUGUGAGUGGUUCUGAAGACAGGUUGACAUACAGCAGGAAUCCAAAGUAACUCCCUUAAGAGAUAUAGUUUUGUUUGUCAUGUUAUGUUUCCACAGAGAUGUAAGAGUUUAUUUUCUCAAUGUACAUGGUUUUGCACUGUUUUCCCUACAUUCUCCAAGGAAAAUGCUGAAUUAAUAAAAAGAUGCCUUUUGAAUUUUAA